CGAUUAUCGUACAGCUCAACACCCUCUUCGCCGUCGUAAAUUCGCAUGCAUACAGACUCCGCGCUAGGUACAAGAACUUAGUCGUCGAGAAAUCUAUGGUGGAGAUCAUGCGCGAAUAAUUCGAAUCAGAAUCUGCACGCCGCGUGCGUAAAAACGCAACCGCCGCCCAGCAGAGGAAGGCUGGAGAAGUUGAAGAUGGGUCAUUUCCGGGCACCGGCAUUGCUCAUUCACCACAACCGACAACAUAUAUGCAGCCUGAAAGGGACGACGAAAACAAAAUCGAAAUCAUGCUGCUGGAUGUUUCUGCUCCUAAUCGCAGCAAGAGCAGCAUGGCAACCCGGAACCGGAACAUCAAGAACGCAGCAGGGCGGGGGACACACUUCUACACUGGGAUCAUCGUUGUACACCGGCGGCAAUCAACCGCGGGCACCGGCUUUCAUUCCUGCUAGUCAACGAGGGCAAAGCAUAGUACUGGAGCAGUCGACCUCGACGUCGGCUCCUGCUAUAGGAACCGGGGGACACCCACACCCCGGAAGCGGCACGCCAGCGACCAGGACCACGGGAGCCACUUUCACUUACCUUCCAGUCGAGCAUGUGUAUUCACAUUCAGGGCAGGGGCAGUUCAGUGCGCCGUUUAGUGCGCCGUACGCUGGCGGGACGACUGGGUCUUCAUACACGACAGGAACCGCAGCCGGAGUAGAAAGCGCGCUCGUUUCGGGGCACCAGCAGCCCCCCGUCCGUCCGGCGCCCGCCCGCCAGAUCCAGAUCGUCCGGCAAGUUUCUUCGACCGCUGCCGCGGGAGGGAGUUCUAUUACGACGGCAGCGUUUGCUGGUGCAGCAGCGCCAAGUGGACACGCAGGGUACACCACUUUUGUAGUUCCACCUGGCCGCUCGGAAUGUAAUGCCGGUGACGUAGUAGUUCCUGCAGCCCCUCGGCUUCUGACACCUCGAGGCCUGUCCUCGACAGAAACGCGGCCACAUCCAGCGGUUGCAGUCUACAGCGUCAGUGAAGAUCAUGCAGGAGGAGCUCCUGGCGCAACUGCAAGUAGUUCUCGUCCAGCAUUCCCUAGCUCGACAUUCUUGGCGCAACAAUGGCCACCAUUGUCUUUGUCCCCUGUAGUUGCUUCCACUGGACACGAAGUACAAUCUUCGUCGACUACGCAACACGUGGAAAUCGAUCCGACGUUGCCGCCCUCCUCCUCGCACCAUGGGCUGCAAGUUGAUAGCAGUGUCCGACUAGGAGGACGAGCAGCAAAAGCCGAUGCAGCUGCACGAUCGGAAACUUCUACGCCAUCUGCGUCUACCGGAUCCUUUGUCGUGAACGAUUACUUGCACACACAACAGGCUUCCCCGAAGAUUAAUUUCUUAAACCUGCUCGAUUCUAGUAGACGACAGGAGGAAGAGAGAGUUGUACAGGAUCAUGCAAACACCCACCCAGCUGCCUCCUGUCUCAACGCGGCACUUCUUUCUUUCCGAGACGGUCCCCCGGUUUGUAACUCUAACUCCUCCUGCACGUCAAAAAGAAAUAAGCAGUGCGAACAACAAGCGUCCCACGUUUUCACCCAUCCACAAACCGGUCGGAAACUCUUUCUCGCCGGAUCCGCGUUUGCGAAAUGCGGGGCGUGGCAAAGAAACGAAUGUGUAAAGUUCAACUUGGACAUGAGCCAGGGCGAGUUCAGAACGCCGGCGUUGACCUAUGGGGGUGUCAGGAUUGAAAUCGACAAAGUUGAAAUAACUUGUAAUGCAUAAAAUCGAUACCAGUUGGAAGCCCAAUUUCCAAGCGGUGCGUGACAAAUUUUAGGAGCACCGGAAUCCUAUUUGUCAUGCUGUUUGGGCACAGAAGACUGCUUUUGUCAUGCUCCUUUAGCAGCUCUAUGUCUAUCCGAAACCCUAAAAAAUAGGCUCACAAUCUGCCUCGCCUGCCAUCCCGGCAAGACAGGCACUUCAUGACUUGCAUUUCAUGCAUGACAAAUCAUUUCAAAUUUGUCGAUUUCAAACCUGACGCUUCCAUAUGACCACGCGGGUGGUUAUUCCGGUCUACGAUAACGCAGUGGAGGUGGGUGUUUUGUUUUCCUUCCUCUUGGAUGGCUUGCGCUUCGUUGACGCGGCGCUGGGCGGUGAUUUUUUCGCAGAAGACGAAGUGGAAAAGCAGGAAGUUCGUGAUAAAGUGUUCAUUAGCCGGACGUCUGAUUGUCCCCCGGGUAUGCUAGAUUCUUUCGCCGAUAGUGGAGCUUCUCCCACGACCAGCCAAUGCCGCCGACGAGAACAAGAAUUAUUUGCAGGAGGACCGGGAUCAACUCGAUCUUUCGAGAAAGAAAUCUCCAUUCCGCAAGCCCUCGCGAAGGAGCUGCACUGGCUGGGGCGGAGGAAGCAGGAUACUCAGUAUUUCGAUGAGGACGAAGAAGAUGAUUUUGCUGACUCCGAAGCUGGUGAAGAUCCGGCUCAUGAUAGUGCAAACAACUUCGACAUCGAAAUCGGGGCAGGUGCAGCCCUCCCCGUGGUCCCCCACCCGCCGCCCGUGGAGACGCAGGGUGCACCAUCUACUUCCAGAGCAGCGUCUUCAGAAGGUAUUAACAAGCCGAAACGAAAUUAUGGAAAUACGAAUACCCCGCCGGCUGUUGUAAGAUACAAAAAAGGUUCUGACCUCCGGCGAAGGAUUGACAAGGAACAGGAAAUUUUUGAGUUCGCCGACGAACUCGGCUCGGUUGAGAAGGACGUGAAACGAGUGAUGGCGGACCGUGCGGCGCAGUUGCUUUCUGAGGAGGUCGGACAAGUACAAGAACUACCACCGGAUAUACAUAUAAUCAACCAAGGAACAAUACUAGGAAGGAACGGCUCAGUUUCAUCCCUGCCGAAAGAGGAGGAGCUCCGCAGACGAAAGAUUGCCCUCCUCCGUCUCAUCGGCCAGCGCGGCUUGGUGGCCGUAGACCCGGUCCACGGUAGGAAGCUCCCGGCCGGCCAAGGGGCGCACGACCAGGUGACCUUGGGGUCCGCGUGGCACAUCCCGCGAGGACCAGAAAUUGAUGUUCCGCCAAAAACAACUUCUAAUGGGGCAGCUGCAGCUGCAGGCUCAACCCCAUCUUCCUCUUCCGGAGAAAACAGCAACAUAACCCGGUUGAAAAACCUUUUCCUCCCGCUGAAGCCAAACCUCCUGGUGAAUUGCGCCGUCGGAAAGUCCCGCAGCGUCACCGUCGUGCUAGCGUACUUGAUGGUGGUGCACGAUUACUCCCUCCGGGACGCUUUUGUGUUAGUGUACAGCAAGCGGCCGCUGAUGCUUCCCAAUAAAGGAUUUUUUCAGGGACUCCAGCUUCUGGAGCGGUGGCUUGUACGGGUCACGGGAGGUAUGACUGGGAGGGGGAGCAGGCGGGACGACAGGAGAGACGAGCGAUUGAUGUUGUCAGGACGAGUUCUUGGCGAAAGAACGACAUCUGGGCGGAUAUUAUGCGCAUCCGCGGAAGAGGAUUCCGACCAGCAAAGUUCGGAAGAUGUUGGUCAUGACGAUGACGACCAGCAGGCCGGCGGGUCCAAGACGCGUGAAGACGAGCACAAGGACAAGCAGUCAGAAGACGCUUUACUGGAUCCUUGGAUUUGGCAGCCGCCCGAAAGAGCCGCUGGUUGGUCGCCCUUGAAGAGCACCAGACCUCGUUCUCGGAAUACAAUUUCCAUGCAGGAGUACAAUGCGCUGAAAAAUCGGAAGAAAGAACAGGAAAACAAAAACCGGGGCGGAGGGCAUCGUGUGAUUUAUGAUUUGGAGUGCUGUGUGUGUUGAUAGGGCUACAAAUGAAUAUGAAUAUGGAUCAACCGUAGGCAGGAUAAAGAUUGGAAAUCGAAAUCCAUGUAGCAUGCAGCAUGUGCUGCGAGCAUUCGCCACCUGCAUAUAUGUCAAUGUGCUAAUACUACUACUAUCCAGAGCUGUCUGCUCUAUGAAAAAAAUAUUUUGACAUUUGGGCCAAUUUGGCAUUGCAAGUUUUUGCCGAUGCUGGUCUACAGAUUUCAUGAGUGACACAUUUUCGUUAUUUUCCCAAAGUUUGCUAAAGAAUACAGUAAAAGAAAACACUAGCUGCGCGACUGCUGGUGCAACGACGCCUUUUCGGCCUUUUGCGAAAAUUGAGAAUAUGAUGGCCUAGCGAGCUCGAUCUGCUGAAAGCGAAAGCCACAUUAU